AUGCUGCACUACCGCACCCAAGGCUUCAAUGGGAGCGCAGUGAAGUACUCGCCCUUCUUCGAUAAUCGCUUAGCUGUCGCGAGCGCAGCAAAUUUUGGGCUAGUGGGGAAUGGCAGACUUUAUGUUCUUGAGCUCACUGCCAACGGUAUUGUACCCGUUAAAUGGUUUACCACGCAAGACUCUUUAUAUGAUCUUGCCUGGUCAGAAAUUCACGAAAACCAAGUCUUGACAGCCUCGGGCGAUGGAAGCAUCAAGCUCUACGAUACGACGGCCGAUGAUUUCCCAAUCAUGAACUGGAAGGAACACAAUCGAGAAGUGUUCAGUGUCAAUUGGAAUCUCGUGGCAAAGGAUCGAUUCUGCUCUAGUAGUUGGGACGGCACAGUACGGGUCUGGACGCCUCAUCGACAGCAGUCGCUCCUCACAUUACCAACACACAGCUGCACCUACUCCGUCUCCUUUUGCCCUCAUAACCCGGAACUUAUCUCAUGUGUCACAUCGGACUCUUACGUGCGCCUAUUCGAUCUACGAACGCCAGCCUCAGCGUCAAAUCACCUUGUUGCUCAAAUACCCAACCAUGCUGCUCCAAUGCCACCUCCAAUUCCUAGUCAGCCAGGCCUCCCUCCAGCGGCUACUCAGCCAGCUGAGAUUUUGACGCAUGACUGGAAUAAAUACCGUCCUACGGUUCUCGCGACUGCUGGUGUUGAUCGCGCAAUCCGCACAUUCGAUAUUCGUGCCCCUCAGCAAGGGCCGUUGUCCAUUAUGCUUGGUCACGACUAUGCUGUGAAGAAACUGGCGUGGUCGCCACACCUGUCCAAUGUUCUUCUCUCCGCCAGUUACGAUAUGACAUGCCGCGUCUGGGACGAUCGAUCCGAAGCCACCGGUGCUGCUGAUGUGGACCCGAUGCGGUCUGGCCCAGUGAGUCCAGUUGCUGGGUCAGAGCUUGGGAGGAUGGGUCGACACACGGAGUUUGUAACGGGUGUCGAUUGGUGUAUGUUUGGAAAUGAGGGUUGGUGUGCUAGUGUCGGCUGGGAUGAAAAUUUGUAUGUGUGGGAUGUGAGAGCAAUUAUGUCAUAA